CACGCGGCUCAUCGCCUCCGCGGCAUCCCUGCUCCUGUCAGCCCCACAAAUGAACGACCACCGCCGGUGACAGAGGAUGCCGAGGCCUGGUUCAUCUUAACGGGACAUGAAAACUCGGGGAUAACGAGAUAAAAACAAAAACAAACAAGGAGCAUCACCUGUUUAAAGUUAGUGUCGGCUUGGCCCGGUUAAGUGAUAUAAAAUGGAGUGAUGAUGUUUGCUGUUGACUGAAGUCCCCUUCCAAAAAAAAAAGAAAAGAAAAUGAAGAGGAGGCUGCUUCGUGGUUUCCUGUCGGAGGUUUCCGUCAGGAUGGCUCUGCUGGUUGUGUUCCUUGUGACAGAACAGCUUACUCCUUUCUUCCGUGAGAUCCAGCCUGAGGAGAUGUGGUUGUAUAAAUUCCAUCGUGUGGAGCGAGACCACGUCCCAACCUCUCUCAUGUUUAGUGUGGCGGUUUUCACCCCACUGAUUGUAGUCCUGGUGUUCACCUUCAUGAAGAAGACGGAGAGAGGAGAUCUGAAGGAGGCUUCGCUAGCUGUGACUCUUACUCUGGUGCUGAACGGAGUUUUUACAAAUGUCAUCAAACUUGUUGUCGGCAGGCCACGGCCGGACUUCUUUUAUCGCUGUUUCCCAGACGGUCAGAUGAACCUGGAGUUACGAUGCAGUGGUGACCCAGAUGUGGUCAUAGAGGGAAGAAAGAGCUUUCCGAGUGGACACUCUUCCUUUGCCUUUGCAGGUUUAGGCUUCACAGCGCUGUACAUCGCAGGAAAGCUGCGCUGCUUCAAUGCAGUAGGCCAAGGCAGAGCAUGGCGGCUGUGUGCCUUCCUCACCCCUUUACUUAUUGCAACGGUGAUCGCCCUCUCCAGAACCUGCGACUAUAAACACCACUGGCAAGAUGUGUUGGUGGGUUCUCUGCUGGGCAUGGCCUUCGCCUGGCUGUGUUACAGACAGCACUACCCUCCUCUUCAGGACCCAGACUGCCACAGGCCUCUGCGUCACAGAGACACUGUUCCCGCCGCACAGGAGCGCAAGCUGGCCAACUCCAACUACAUCCUGCCGAUGUAGAACAUCUGUAACUGGAUUAUCUUGACUGGUGUUGUUAAUACUGGGUUACAUGGUAAUCCUUCUUAUUCGAGUUUGUAAGUCUUUAGGGGCCGAACAGUUCGUCAAUAUUUAUUGUUUUAUUUUCAGUCAUUCUAAUCGUAUUGUUGGAUAUUCUUUUAUUUGGUGAUAAGGGACACAUGGUUUGAUUGUGUGACUUAAAGGACACUUUAAUCCUCUGAAUAGUUUCUGAAACACUUGACUGUAGCGACUCCAGUUUAACAAUCCAAAGAGGUUGAACAACAACUACAUUAACAACCUGGUGUGGGAUUUUCAACCUAAACUUAUAUAAAUACUCACAGAAUUGAUCAAUACUGGAGGGUUGGUAAUUAUCAGGACAUUUUACCUAUACGGCCCUGUCUGCACAGCCUGUGUAUUGUGCCUAUUGAUCACUUUAAAUACUAACAUCAGAUAAGUAGGUUAACUCUUUGCACUGAAAGUCUACUGCCCAUCAACGUCUGGCUCAGCUGCUGUAAAACUAUUUUCAUGUAGGCAUCACUGUUUUCUGAUUGGUUCUGUUAAAGUAAAAAAAUCCCUCAUUCCCUCAUACUUGAGGAUAAACAUACAGACCUGGAUGUUUGUUCCUUCCUGACCUGAAUUGGUGUCCAAACACUUGUGUGACUAAUCAGUAGGCUAUAAAGGGAUCAACAACACUUUGAAGAUUGAUUUGAUGUUUUUUUUUAUGUAACAUCUGACGGUUUGAGCUUCUCAAAUAUUUUAAAUAACUUGAUUUUGGUCUGUCAUUAGGUAAAAAAGCAGUUUGAACAGAGGAAAAAAGGUAAUAUUAUUUUCUCCCUUUUCUCAAACAUACUUAUUAAUGAAUCAGUUCACAUAGAAGGAAAUGAUGACUUAAGAUAAGAUUAUAAUCAUUAGUUUCAGCCUGGAUGUAAAGGGUCUACUUUUUAAUGAUUGAGGCUGUUUGAGCUGCAUCUCAAAGUGUUCUUCAGAGAGUGAAGCUGGUUCAGGUGUGAUCACAUGACCCACAACUAGAGACUGAUUGAUCGCUGUUUCACUGAACCAUUCAAGUCUACAGUUGUAAAUAAGAACAAGGGAGGCAUCUUUGAGGUAACACACUCUCCUAUGAAUGUUUUCAUGUUUAUGACUGCAUGAUGCCACUCAAUGAAGAAGACUGAGAGACGGUUCAAAGCUUUUUAGCACAUGGACCUUGAAGCUGAGUCUAGCAGAAUCAUUAAGAGUUUUUUUUUGUGACAGUCAUACCUUAUUCCAUUAAAAGCCAAGACCAACAAAGUCUUAAGUUAUACAGGUUUUCUCCACUUCUCCAGCUCGUCUGUGACACUUUUCUUUUUAAUCCACUUUAAAUUGUACUCUAAAAAAAACCUUUUCUAUGUCUUCACCUGAAAGUAGAUGUAAUAUGUCAAAAUGUUUUCUUUCAUUACAUGAAGAGCUGCAAAUAAGUGGACGAAACCUUUACAUGCAUGUCAGCGUAGACCAAAGGCAAAGUCCAAUACUGUACAUAUGAAGUAGGAGGAGUUCAUUGUUGGUUUUGGUCUUUUCAUGGAAUUAUUGACAAUAAUGAGAAAACAAAAUUAAGGCAAAGUACAUGACAUCAUUAGAUAGAUCUUCUUAGGGGAUAACGGUCCCAGGAUUUUACUUGAGCUCUGUCAUAAACAUUUAUGUAUUCUCAUUGUGCAUAUUAACAUGUAAAAUAUGUGAAUGAAAUCACUCGUUAAGCAUCAACGAGCUGCUCUUUGCGGCUUCGCUCAUUACUUAAAAUCUUUCUGUCUCUGAUGGAAGUAUUUUCAUUCACAGAUUGAUUUCUAUCUUGAAAGGGUUCAUAUCGAGUGCCCAGUCCUCAGUGUAAAUGCCGUAAUGUAGCAGCUUGUCCUCUCUAAAAAAAAAAAAAAAAAAAAAAGAUCAUCACAACGAAGCAGUGAGUGGUCAGCACACUGCUGAUCACAAGUUAACAUGACUGUACAGAACUAUCAGAUACAUGUUUCAGUGGUCUCAGGCUUAUUAUAGGUCUGGUUUGAAUUGCUGUUCAGAGGCCAGGCUUUAUGUUAACCUCUCCAGGUGAUGGUGCUAGCCUCCCAGUGUUCUUGCUGGUUAGGUUUUCUAUCCUGCUAAUUCUCUCGCUCUGUUUUUCUUUUUGGUUUAUUUCAUUUAAGGCGAUAAACACUUCUGUAAGUUAUUUAAUUAUUAUGUUAUGUUUGUGGACAUUUUUCUUUUUUUUCAGUUUUGUCUAUCGUUCAUGCUUUUUCAUUGGAGAAAAAUAAGAUAAGUUUUACCCAGAUGUGACUGUUUUUUCAGGUUGGAAAGAGAGGAAACAGACGACCACUUAUGUUUCAGUUUUAGUGUGAAACCAGCCAAAGUUUUGCAGGGUCAAAAGAAGCACUUUUUGCUCAUUGAGCUUAAAAUAACUGGGUCACAGCGCUUUCAGACCAAACUUGGCAGAAAAAAAAUGAAGAAUUUGUGCCUUUGUUUACUACAUUACGUUAUUGCUGUUAGAUAAUGAAUGAAGUAUAUACUGCACGUUACAGUAUAUGUUCACUGUCAUGUGGAAACAAAUUUUGUUUUCGUUCUUUGCAAUCCUUGUUGUUUACUCUUUGUCAGAUACUUUGUGAUGUGAAACAUUUGGCAUGCAGCCUCUCUUAACCUCUGCAAACAUCUUUAAGUUCUCUUCAUACUCUAUAGGUUGGUGGACUAAAAUGUGACGUUUUUAAGGUGGAAUCAUGUUUAACUCGCCUGUCAAUCUUAACCAGGUUGUUGUGAUGGUGUACAGUUCUAAGUGUAUUUAUGAUUUGGGGGCACGUAGGAGUUUACUUGACUUUUAACUUAUUUCUUUACCUUAAAUGUAAUUAUUUUAUGUCCUGAAAGUAGUUCACAUUUUUUAGGGCACACAGGUUUUAGCAAAACAACAAAGGAAAUCCUCAUCAGAGUUUGCUUCAUUUUUUAAAGAAAAUCCUGCAUGUUUCACUCAUAAAGUGCACAUUAUUUCCUUCAAUACUUCCCACAAAUCCCCUACACAUAAACGAUGUACAUGUUACUGCAUCAGAUCUUCAGAUAUACUGUCAUGAUAAGGGAUUAUACACAAACUUGCCUGUCUGCUUUAUUGAUGUCAUCAUGAUUUGCCUUGGUUUGCAGGAGCACAUAGCAGCAGUUCAUGCUAAUACAGUUUCCUGAUUGUACAUGUUGUGAUGCUUUUAAUGACUUUUGUGACACUUAACGAUGUUUCUACAUCAUAUUACAAUAUAUGCUGUCCUUUGCUUAU